ACUUCCUUGUUGUUGCUAAGACACUCUUGUUUCGCUCCUUGACAACCCUGGCGGGGGUGCGCUAGCUGCGGCCCCGGCUCCGGCCCCCGCGGGAGCAGCACCCCUUGGGGAAAGACAUUUUCUGCUCCCACCCAGUUGGCAGGGCCUGCUUCCGAAACCUCCCAGGGUGUCUUCACUGCCUGCCAGCGCCUCCUGAAAGCCCCACUCUCUCCCUCCAGUGGCCACAGUGGAAGGAUCAUGGGAGAAACAGAAGGGAAGAAAGAGGAGGCUGAUUAUAAGCGACUGCAGACCUUCCCUCUGGUCAGGCACUCGGACAUGCCAGAGGAGAUGCGAGUGGAGACCAUGGAGCUAUGUGUCACGGCCUGUGAGAAAUUCUCCAACAACAACGAGAGCGCUGCCAAGAUGAUCAAGGAGACAAUGGAUAAGAAGUUCGGCUCCUCCUGGCACGUGGUCAUCGGCGAGGGCUUUGGGUUUGAGAUCACACAUGAGGUGAAGAACCUCCUGUACCUGUACUUCGGGGGGACCCUGGCUGUGUGUGUCUGGAAGUGCUCCUGACGCCGUCCCCACCCCGGCCCCGGCCCCGCAGGGCCUCUUCCUGCCACCCCUCGGGGCUGGGGAGCAGCCCCAGGCAGGUCGUGGUGUGUCAGAGGAGAGUCUGGGGUCUUUCCUUUGGCCCUUUGCUACGAGUCUCUGAGCCAUGCCCAGUGUGUGAGCGUGUGGACCCGUCUUCCCCCAGGCCCCCAGCGUGUGAACGGGAGAGCAGGCUGUGGUCUCGAUGCAGGGGAGGGGUGGGAAAUGUGACAGGGUAGGAGGGUGGGAAGGUGGUAUUCUUCUCCCCAGGACAUGCCAGCCCCAAGGCUGCUGUCCCCUUGCCUCCCGGGAGCCCCCUGCCCGACCACUCCCAGGACUGCUGGCAGGGGUCCACUGUCCUGGUCUUCAGUGACCGUAGGCAGAUGGCCCCACGAGGAGCCUGUCCUCUCAGGGGACACUGGCAGCGUCUCCCCUUGUCCUCUGGAGAAGUGGUGGCCCCCUCCGGAAGCCCCUUCCCCGGUCGGAUCCCAGGCUGAACAAACCACUGCAUCUCAUUGGGCCAAUCGCUCCCUAGUCCCCAGCUUUGGUGUGAGGACCCUGCAGCCUUCCCCCCGCCCCCACCUCUGGCCACAUGAACCUUUUGUACCGCCUCCACCCCGCGCACUCAGUACCCCGGGCAGAGGGGGUGGGCGUCACUGAGCCUCCGGCGAGGCUCCCGGGCCAGGAGUGCACUCACCACGAGGCCUGUUUCGGCAGGGAAUCCUGGCCUGCCGGCCACUGCUCAUCAGGGACCGCAUGCUAAUUUGUACUUCUUAUCUCUGCUGGGUUUUCUAUAUUCUUUUUUGAGCGUGGGGAGAAGGGUUUUAGUAGAAGGGCGAAUCCUAUUUUACACAGCGGUCUUAUUUAUAUAAAUGUCUUGGUUUUUACAAUUAAAGUGACCAAAAACGGA